CCCAAGUAACACUUUAUCCUCUACAGUGCAAACGUGCCGGGAAUAAUUCCGUCCCACUCUUCCGUCCCGCUCUUUCGUCCCACUCUUCCGUCCCGCUCUUUCGUCCCGCUCUUUCGUCCCGCUCUCCCGUCCCUCCCAAUGCGCUCUAUCCACUCUUGACUCAUGCAUUGUCGCUCAAAGGGCACACCCCUUUCUUUCCAUGAAAGUAUCUUUACUCGAUAAUGUCGUCGAUGGCAGUCAGGGCGUCCUUGACACUACGGAAGGCGACAAGCAUGUUUGCCUUCUUUGUGGAAAAGUGAUGAAGAGCUUGGGCAGUCUCCGAAAACACAAGCAUGAGAGCCACGACGGUUCAAAAAAUAGAAUACAUCCCCUCAAGUGCUCAUGGUGCCCGUCGUCUUUUGGGUCGCGUCCUGGACUAUCUAAGCAUCUAGGGCGUUGUACGGGGCUGAGUGAGUUGUCGUACCCACUCCCAUGUCCACACUGCGGCCACGAGUGCGCUUCGGUAAAGCAGAUGUGCGCACAUUCAUGCGAUUGUCUGUCGUGGAAGCAGGAUUCAGACAGUGAAGAGCAGGCCCUGGUCGAGUUUGAAAAAGAACUCGUCGAUAUUACCAAGCACGCUGCGACUGCUCGAUGCAGUCAGGAAAUAUUUGAGCCGGCUGAGCUAAGACUUGAGGACGGUAGCAGGGCAUUCGCUCUCCUCUUGACGAGUGGGACCAAGCGGCUACAGAGCGGCUCAGUAGCUUAUGUACGGCCCCUCAAGCGACGGUGUGAGUCCGAGGUCAAGGACGUUGAGCUGGAGGUUGCGCUAAAAGCGCAUCGUUAUGGCGGUCUGGUCAAUGGUGAAGAUUUUAAGGUAGCCGAGAGUGGCGAUGUGCAAAAGUCAAGGUAGUGUUCUAGGGGGAUCUAAGGGUGCAAUAAAGGUAUCUUUA